GCGAGACGGAGAGCGCGCGCGCACACACACCACACACACAUCGAGGGGAGGGGAAGGGCUCCGGAGGCUUGGCAUGUUCCUGUGUGGACGAGAAUCAGUCCGCGAGCCCAGGAGCGGGAGGGCGAGCCCCUGCCACUAAGGCGCCUCCCUCCCUCGCUCCAUUCAUUCGCCUGCUCUCCUCAUGCCGGCGGCUCCCGCUCUUUCGCCGCCCGUCGCCUGGGACUCCAACCUGUUUGUGGAGGUCACUCUUGGGCCGCCAGCAGCCUGUGGCUUCUUCCCUCCGCCGCCUCCUUGCAGCGUCUGAUGGUCUUUGCUCCGGGGAGGCGAGUCGGAGCUGGGCAGUGAGCGAGGAGGAAGCAGCAGCAGCAGCAGCAGCAGCAGCCCCGUCGCCCUCGCACGAUCUGGGACUUACAAGCCAGGCAGCCAUCCCCGCCCCAUCUCUCACACCCACCGGCCCCGGAGGGAUUUACUUUGUCAGGAGGAGCCCGCGGGGCUGACGCGCCGCGGAGAAGAUGUACCUAGACCCUGAGGCGGCCAAAGGGGCACCCUCUCGUGAUGUCCUUCUGGUCUCAGCCAUCAUCACCAUCAGCCUUAGUGUUACCAUUGUCCUGUGUGGGAUCUGCCAGUGGUGUCAGCGCAAACUGGGCAAACGCUAUAAAAACUCCUUGGAGACGGUGGGAACUCCAGAUUCCAGCCGAGGUCGCAGUGAAAAGAAAGCCAUUAAUGAUCUAGACAGAGACUUUUGGAAUAACAAUGACAACACAGUGCAGCAGAAAUGGAGCUCCUACCCUCCCAAGGAGUUUAUACUAAACAUAUCACCUUACGCCCCGUAUGGUGAUCCACGACUUUCCCUCAAUGGCACCUUGUUGUCAGGUGCAAAGUUGGCUGCUUCAGCCACCUCAGGAUUGGCUGGGGAGCGGGAAGGACGCCACGGGGAGAGGCAGCAGCUCCGAGAGGACGGCAUGAAGAGCAGCGUGUCUGCCCACAGCGAGCCCAGCAUUGGGAAGGCGGGGAGAGGUCGAUGGCAAACGGUGCAGAGCCACCUAGCAGCAGGGAAGCUCAGCCUAUCCAAUUUUGAGGAUUCCACCAUGUCCACAGCCACUACCCUUGAGUAUAUCCCCACCUCAGCAGGAGACCCGAAAUGCCAGCGCCCGCGCACCCUCAUGCGCCAGCAGAGUCUCCAACAGCCACUCAGCCAGCACCAGAAACCCAACCACAGCCAGCCCACCACCAGCCAGAGCCUGGGCCACCUGCAGUCCCACACCACCUCCACCAGUGGCAAUCCCCGGGGCUGUCGGAGCGCGCAGUCACGGCAAGGGACCCCUGCUGGCUCCAAGCACAGGACAGGUGGUGGUCGUAGCCGCUCCAAUCCUGGGAGCUGGGACCAUAUGGUGGGGCAGAUUCGGAAUCGAGGCUUGGAUAUGAAGUCUUUCCUGGAAGGCCGCAUGGUGGUGUUGUCCCUUGUUUUGGGGCUUUCAGAACAGGACGACUUUGCCAAUAUACCUGAUCUUCAAACCACUGGAAACCAACAGAACCAGAACUCUCAGGGGGACAAGAGGUUGCCCUCUGGUGGCAAAGCGGUAAACACAGCUCCUGUGCCAGGACAGACACAACACGAGGAGCCUGACCAUAAAACAGAGCCUCGCUCAUCCGUCUCGGACCUCGUAAACUCCCUGACCAGUGAGAUGCUGAUGCUCUCCCCUGGGUCUGAGGAUGAUGAGGGACAUGACAGUGCCAGCCGAGAAAACCUGGGCCGGAUCCAGUUUAGCGUUGGCUACAAUUUCCAGGAAUCCACCCUAACUGUCAAAAUAUUGAAAGCUCAAGAGCUACCAGCCAAGGAUUUCAGUGGCACAAGUGACCCUUUCGUCAAAAUUUACCUCCUACCAGAUAAAAAAAAUAAGCUGGAGACAAAGGUGAAAAGGAAGAAUUUAAACCCACAUUGGAAUGAGACCUUUCUCUUUGAAGGUUUCCCAUAUGAGAAAGUGGUUCAGCGGGUGCUCUAUCUACAGGUUCUGGAUUAUGAUCGGUUCAGUCGUAACGAUCCCAUUGGGGAGGUGUCCAUUCCCCUCAACAAAGUGGACUUGACCCAGAUGCAGACAUUCUGGAAAGAACUAAAGCCCUGCAGUGAUGGGAGUGGAAGCCGAGGAGAGCUUCUCCUGUCGCUCUGCUACAACCCUUCAGCUAACUCCAUUGUUGUGAACAUUAUCAAAGCUCGGAAUCUUAAAGCCAUGGACAUCGGGGGAACAUCAGACCCCUACGUGAAGGUGUGGCUGAUGUACAAAGACAAACGGGUGGAGAAGAAGAAGACGGUAGUGAUGAAGCGGUGCCUGAACCCAGUCUUUAAUGAGUCCUUCAUCUUCGACAUCCCCACAGAGAAGCUGAGGGAAACGACCAUUAUCAUCACUGUCAUGGAUAAGGACAAGCUCAGCCGGAAUGAUGUCAUUGGAAAGAUCUACCUGUCAUGGAAGAGUGGCCCAGGCGAAGUGAAGCACUGGAAGGAUAUGAUUUCACACCCCCGGCAGGCUGUGGCACAGUGGCACCAGCUGAAGGCCUGAGAGGCAGGAGCCGAGGACUCGCUCUGGGUUUCAGUGCACCAAGUCAACAUUUACUGGCCACACUCUCACUACUACUUUAUGCACAACGGCUGCACCCUGGUCUCCCCCAGGGGGGAAAAGCUUGGGAAUGACCACAGGCUAAGGGAGCGAACCUGAAACAUGUACUAAACUCUGGGAAAGUGGUAUCGGUGCCCAAUGUGCUGGCUCAGCAGCACAGAGCAUCACAAGGAGCACCAUUAAUACCCAACCUCUUGCUUUAGCCUUUCCAUCAGACUCCUUAUGUAGAAAGAACGAGAGAGAGAGAAAGAGAGAGAGAGACCAGAGCAGAGCAGCCCUCCAGCUGAAGGUGGCAUCAGCACUGAUUUGUUUGGAUUCACAGUGUAGCAAUGGCACAAUGGGAGGAGAGGGGUCCGCUACUGCCAUACAAGACUUCCUAUGAGUUCUUCCAGCCAAAAGCCCAUUGGGAUGGCACCCUACUCCGCCAUAAGAAAGCUAACCCCAUCCAGCGGCUGCACUGGCCUGAGAGGGGGCACUGCAAGGAGAUCACUUGCUCUGUUUCCAUGAGGUGGUUUCGUUAUCAUUCAAUAAAACUUGUAAGAGUAAUAAGAAUAAUAUAAAUAAUAAUGCUGGCUAGACCUUUUCCUAGCCAGGCCUCUCUGCAAAGGGGAGAGGAGCCACGAAGCUCCCCUAGCCCCCCUGUGUGUGUGUGUUGUGUGUUGUAACUAUGCGUGCAGGGCAUUCGUGUGUCACUUGUGUUCUCUUUCUCUCGCUCAGCCCUAGACAAUUUGUUUCUCUGAGGGGCUUGAUUCACUGCCCAGCAGGAAUUGAGGGGAAGCUUAUGCCAUGUGGAAAAGGAGGGGAGCAACAGAUUUUGGAGCUUUUGAUUGAGAGGAGAGAGGAAAGAGAGGCAAGGAGGCCAUUUUCUUAACCAUGCUGGAAGCCAUGAAACACAUACCACAAGCUAGAGUGUGUGUGGUUGUAACAUUAGGGAGAGCCUAACUUUUAAUUGCCCCUUUUGUUUGGCAGAGGCAAAGGAGACAUGCUGAGCAGUCCUGAAUAUUUUUGGGGGGGGCAGGGCAGGAGCCAUUCAAACUGACCCCUCUCAACAUCCCAGUGUGCUUGUCACACAUGGCCCCAAGCAACCAUCCUACUUUAAUCAUGCCUCCCCAUUUUCUUUCCUCCCCUCAGCCAGCCACAUGCACCCUAACCCACCACAGUUUCUCUUGGAUUCCGAAGCUUGUUUUCACUCAGUCUGCAGCCCUUCCCUUGGAAACCAGCAAACACACACCUGUGCAAUUUCUAGUUAAUUAGCCACCCACUUUCUGUACCCUUCUGCAGCUAUGUUAAAAGAGUUUGCAUAGAAACUGACUUCUCUCAUUUGAAUUCACUCACCCCAAAUAUAGGUUGCAUCAAGAAGAUUAGUGCCCAUGAUGUAGAAGGAUGUGAUUUUUCAGCGAAAUCAGUACUUCCCGGAAGUGGCGUUGAAGAAUUGACUUUAUGAUAGCAAAACAACCCAGCUCUCUAGUUAAAAGUCUUGGGUUGUGCACGCAGUAACUCCAACUUAAAUCUUAGGUUUCUAUUUGUCUUUGAUGAAAUGUUUCAUCUCUUCUCUGCUUUUUAUUCUUCAUUGCCUGAUAGGGUACCAGGGAAAAGUCAGCUCUCCUAGACAUUCGGUCAAAAUGGCAAAGAGACCAUCUCAAGGCUUCAUAGGUGAGAGCAGGGACUAAGGGGCACUGACAAGAAAGAUUUGUGUCUGAUUCCAGUGCUUCUCUAGAUCUUUAUCUCAGUCUUCCCACAUUUUUCCUGCAAGCGGAGAACAAGGAUUAAUCUGCACAACCAUUUUUGAAUGUGUUAAAGGCAACAUGUUUUAUUUCAGUUACUUGGGAAACACUUUUGGGCUAAUCUUUUGACUAUAUUGACAGGUGUCCUAACCCAUUGCAUCCUGUGGAGAAGCAAUAAUCCAAAAGCAAGUCAAGCCAGUUCUCCAGGCCACUUCUCACAAGCACUCUGCACAGCUUUUCUUCUCCCCACCCCAAAGGCUAGAAUGUGCCAUCAAAGAGGGUCAUCUGCAUGAUUCAGUAUGAGCGUGCAGGUCAGUCUUGCACUACGCUGCAGACCUUCCGUGCGUAGGAGGUGAGCAGUGAUGUGAAUGUGACAAACCAUUCAUAUAAUCCAUUUGCCAUUUCCAAGGCUCAAGCUGCAAGGGGAAAAUGAUGCUAGGGUAGAUAAGGCAGGAUGGUUUUGUGGAGAGGGAGCCUCAGUCUGAACACAUAUUGCAAUAUUUGCAGAAGCUAUUUGACAGAGCAAAAACCACUUGUAAGACAAUUCAUUUUGGCUUUGAGGUGUCCUAGGUGAUUGUGUGCAGGGCUGGCGCAGGACAGUUUGUUGCCUGAGGCAUAGGACAAGAUGGCAGCUCCCUGCAUUCAA